AACCAGGACAGCUUUCCAUCGGCUGGCAAGAUUGCACAACCUGUCCCAACUCCACCCGGACGGGGCUCCCCCCUCUCCCUUCCCACCUCCAGCUCCAGCCCCGAAGCGGCGGGGAGGGCAAUGCCCCGAGCCUUGGGCUGGCCUCAGCCAGUCCCAGCCCCGCGGCAGGCGGAAAUCCCCGGCGGAGGAGGGGAAAGCGGAAUGGCCUGACCCGGGCUAUCCGGCAAGGCAUAGCGCUGCUCAGCCAGCUGCAGCGAUGAGGCGGCGCGGUUUUAGUUACGGAUUUCUGUUACUGUUCCUUCACAUCCUGAGAGCUGUUACUGCACUGGAGAAGAUCGUCAGUAAACCUGGGGACAACGUUACACUGAGUUGCAUUUAUCCAGGAAGAGAAUUCAGCUUAGACAAUCUGCGAGUAUACUGGCAAAUAGCUGAUGAUGAAGAUACAGAACCAUGUUCAGUAGUGCAUGCACUGAUCUCUGGUCAAGACAAUGAAAGUCUGCAAUGCAGUCAGUUUAAAAACAGGACUCAGUUAUUAUGGGAUAAACUAGGAGAUGGCAAUUUUUCUCUACUACUAUUUAAUGUCAGACAGAGCGAUGAACAUACAUACCGAUGUGUAGUGAUGCAGACAAUUGAAUAUACCAGAGUGAUUCACCAGGAGCAAGUGGUUCUAAGCCUAGCAGCUAGUUACAGCCAACCAAUACUCAGUGGGCCUAUAAGAAACAGUUACAACACUGGAGAAGAGGUGACUUUCAUCUGCAGAUCUGACAAUGGAUACCCUGAACCAAAUGUUUAUUGGAUAAAUAGAACAGACAACACACGCCUGUCUCAGUCAGGUUUUAAUAUCACCCAACAUCCCAACGGCACUUACAGUGUUUUGAGCACACUGAAGGUUAAAGCAACUUCUGAUAUGCAAAUAGAGUGCUUCAUAGAAAAUAAAAUACUGCAGGAAAACACAUCAGCCAACUACACAGACAAAUCUAGACAAGUCAAUGAUUCCAGCACAGGAAGUCAUAAAGACCCAGCAAAAAGCGGACAAGGUGCUCAAGCAGCUGCAGUUGUGUCAGUUGUUAUUCUGAUGGCUUUUCUGACUGUGUUAAUCUGCUGGCUGCGGAGACGGAGAUCCUCUCAACUAGUGUCAUACACAGCACCUAUCUAAUAGGAAUGUCUGCCAACAACUUAGGCAGCUGGAUGUGCAUCAAGAGGAGCAUCACCCCUUGUCCCAGCAGCAGCAUUGCUUGUAAUACAAGCGACAGGUGUCUGCAGAGUGUGCCAAGAUUGAUGGCAAAAAGCUUCUUCAACAGAAGAAAAACCAAAAUCCAUUGGAUUCCUGUUCUGACCAGGAGCUGUGUCUCAACACCUGCUAACUUCUUCAGAUGGUUUUCUGUGAUAGCUGCCAGUGUCUUGAGCUCUUAUGCUGGGGAAGAGCAGUGAGCCUCGCACUUAGCUACUCUGUUCUAGAGUCUCUCGCCAUCACCACUGAGGAAUUUGUUUUGAGUGGCCAUGUUUCAGGAGCAUGGGAAGUUCUGUUUCCUUCUUACGCUGACAGUGAAUGUGAAAAGGCAGCUAAAAAUGGGAGGAAAAGAAAACUGAAGGACUUUCUACGAAGUGAGAUUUGUAACUUUUUCCACCUCUCUCUAUCUACAGUACAUUCUGUUGUUGGUUUCACCAGCUACAUGUUGUUACAUACAGAAUGAGCUAGACUAUCUUCAUCUGAUCCCAAUAAAAUAGGUUUUGCCGUGGCUGGGUUAAGCACUGAAUGUGUAAACAAAAAUAAAUCUCCUUUAAAGGCACUUGAUAUUAAAAUUGCAUUAGUUACUGAAUAUUCUACCAAAAAGGAGACUUCAACUUGCUACAGAAGCUGGUGCUUACUGUGGAAAACAGAUCAAAAACAGUGCUCUGAUGUAGGGUUACCUCAACAUAUCUCUGCCUGGAUGAAACGAGAAAUCCAUAUUCAGGCUCUGUUCAGUUCAGCUUGUCUUUAUUUAAAGCCAGCAGCACCCAGGGAGAGUUUUGAACUGAUUUUUUUUUUUUUUUUUUAAAUGCUUCUUGUCUCAUCCUUUCACGAAAGAAAAAGGAGUGCAAAGCAAUCAAUAUGUUAACCAUGAAUGUUCUUGUCAUGUUGAUGGCUAAAGGAAAGAAAGGGAAGAAAAGUGAAGCAUUUUCUUCCACAUGCCAUUGCCUGUGCCUUACUUGUUCAGCUCCGACUGAGCUGGAGCAGAUAGAUGAAGAUAGCAAACAGUAAGUGUGACUGAUAGCCUAAAAUUUUGGAGGAGAAUAAAUCAAUAUUAGUCCUUCUCUGUUGGGGUGGGUAGUGGUAAUGAUUUUAAUACUGAGUCCAGGAAAAACUCCUGCAGCAGUUGCUAGACUAAAAUUCUACUAUUUCUGCAGUCACAGCCUGGUUUGUCCUAGCUCCACAUAGAGAAGGCUGUCCAGUGUCAACCACAGGUUAGGAAGUUUCUGCUUGUUUUAAAUCAAGAUCAGCUUUCAAAUCCUAAUGAAGCAAAAAAAAAAAAAAUUAUCUUUUUCCCUCUUUGUGCAAAACCCAUUUGGUGACACCUUCUGUUGAAACAAUACCCUAUGUGGGCUCAGAGUUGGCUAACUGCACUGUCUGUAUUAGGUAGGAGUCUCAUGGGCUCAGCCUUUGGAACACUCAAGGGAAGGAAAAGUACAGCUCUCACUUGAUGCAAUCUGAGCUCACUCCCUGGUUUGAGUAGGAUAGAAAAAUUUUUAAAAAAGGUCCAAGCUAUAACUAAAUAAUUGUUCAUGUCUCCUGUCUGCAAGUAUCUGUGUACGAUAAUGUUUUAAAGACAUUUUGUCUAUUCAUGUUAGAAAAGCAUUAUAUAUUUGUUAACUUUUAAUGUCUGUUCUUUUAUUACUAAAAAAAAAAAAAAAAAAAAAAAAAAAGCUGUUCUUUUAUUUAUUAAUUCCA